UGCUCAUAUGUAGCAAGCUUUCCAAAAUCAGGCUGUACACCGGUUAUCAAUAAGCCUUUGGCUAGACUUAUACACUGACUCGCAAGACUUCGUACACAUCUUUGAAGGACUCGUCAACCCAUACAAGCGGAUCUCCCGAUGCUUAUCAUUCCCAGUUGUCAAUCACCACAAGAUGUAUCGAUAUCUCGCAUGGAACCUCCAGCUGAUCCUAGGCGUGGUGUAGCGCUUGAGAUGUCGCUUCAUGCACUGGCGAUAUUCUUGGUUUGUUUGCUUGCAUGUCAACAUGAGCGGAUGUGUGAAUAUGGACGUGAAUUUGCCGUCGAGGAUAUAGUGGUGGAUCAUGUCUCGGACUUCUAUGGGGACCUUGGUGAGCAGGAAGCUCGGCUGCUCGUUGGACUGGUGAGCAGUGUCCAUCCUCAAAACGCCAAUCACAGAUGGGAGAGGUGAAAUCCGAAGUGGUCGGCCUUGCGGGUCGGUCUUGCGGUCGUGUGUGUUGUGUGAGUGCAAGAAUGAAAAUCUCUCAUCAUCGAUAAGUUGCCAUGUGGAGGCGAGGUAAAUUUGCUCACAUGUACCAAACUCCUAGAAGCCAAAUCUGGAUGCUC